CCCCUCCUCUCCCGUCCCUUCCCCUCCCCGCUGUGCUCCCGCUGCCUCCCUUUCCCCUCGGCGGAGCGGCUGCCCCCAUGUCGGGCCCACGGGGCGCCCUCCAAGCCUGGUGCCGGCAGCAGUGCCAGGGCUACCGAGGCGUGGAGAUCCGCGACCUCAGCGCCUCGUUCCGCGACGGCCUGGCCUUCUGCGCCAUCCUGCACCGCCACCGGCCCGACCUGCUAGACUUCGAUUCUCUCUCCAAGGAAAAUGUCUACGAAAAUAACCGCUUGGCCUUCGAGUUGGCAGAGCGGGAGCUGGGCAUCCCGGCUCUGCUAGAUCCCAACGACAUGGUCUCCAUGAAAGUCCCCGACUGCCUCAGCAUCAUGACUUACGUCUCUCAGUAUUACAACCAUUUCAACAACCCCAGCCAAGCCAGAGUCCCUCCGCCUAUGAAGCGCCCGGCCGCUGCCUCCUCGCCGCCCCUGCUGUCCCACAAGAAGCCCGUGGCUGCGGCCGAGAGUUCCUCCACGCCACAGGACGAUGUCCCCGCGGAGCCGUCGCGGCGCUCCACGCUCAGCAGCACCUGCGCCGCCUGCCAGCAGCACGUCCACCUGGUGCAGCGCUACCUGGCCGAGGGCAAGCUCUACCACCGCCAGUGCUUCAGGUGCAAGGAGUGCUCCAGCACCCUGCUCCCGGGCUCGUACAAGCCCGGCUCGGAGGCGGGGACGUUUGUCUGCACACACCAUCGCGGGAAAUUGGCCGUGAGCGGGAAGAUGGACAGGAGGGCCAGCCCCGAGCGGCAGUCGCCGGAGCUGAGAACUGAAAUUGCUGCCGGCAGCGUGGGGGAGGACGGGCUCCCUGCAGGAGCAGAGGUGGGAAAGGACAACAGCACUGCUGUGGAGAACGUGGCGGAGACCCAGAUGCCUGCAGAGAGGCCAGCCAGCCCGGAGGAGAAGGACAGCACCUCCAGCAAAGCCCAGACAGCGACGCCGCACGCGGGGAGCGCGGCACCCACCUCCCAAACACCCCCCAGGCCUCCCCUUCCCAGCAAGCCCUCAGCGCCCAGCCAGGACAAAGCCAGCCCUCUGGACGCACGCCUCAGAGACACUCGGCCCACCCCGGCCCCGAGGAGGUCGAUGGAUGCCUCAGCCCUCUCCCCUGCAGCCUCCCACCCCGUGCCCCGGCCCCGUUCCACCGUGCAGGGCGAGGGAAGUGACUGCGCGCCUGGCUUGGUGAACGGUAGGGGACCUGAGCCCAGCCCCCCUGUCCCAAAACCUCGAGGGAGACCCUGCUCCUCCGAUCGUGCUGGAGCUGCUGCGAGAGCCAAGGACCCGCCGUGGAUGGCCUUAGUGCAGGCAGAGCCCAAGAAGAAGCCAGCUCCUCCUCCUCCUCCUCCCCCGGGGAGCGGCCACGAGACCCCGAGCAGGACGGAGGAGGAGGAGGAGGACGGGGAGGAGGUGAGCAAAGCCAAGAGUGAGGAGAGCAAGCCCGAUGCUGCAGAGCCCAAACCGUACAACCCCUUUGAGGAGGAGGAGGAGGAGGAAGAGGAGGUUGCUGCUGCCCAGAAGAGCACGCCUGAGCAGGAGCAGGGGGAGGCUGCUGCCAAAUCCCUCCACCCCUGGUACGGGAUCACUCCCACCAGCAGCCCCAAGGCAAAGAAGCGGCCAGCCCCGCGAGCCCCCAGUGCCUCCCCGCUCGCCCACCACCCCGUCUCCAGGCUGUCGCACUCCGAGCCGUCCUCCUCCGCUCCGUCCCCAGCCCUCAGCCUGGAGAGCAUCCACUCGGAGAGCUCGGCCAAGGCGCUGGCUGACACCGACGAGGCCUCGGUGCCCAAAAGCUCCUCCGAGCCCACCGUCCACACGCCGACGGCCACCAAGACCUCCAGCCCCGACACGCCGCUGGCCAGCGUCUCCUCCAGCGAGAGCCCUGCCGCCCCCGCCAGCCUCUCCACCACCACCUCCUCCUCCUUCUCCUCCUCCAGCGAGCUGGCUGGCUGCGGUGGGGAGGCGCAGCCCGGCGCCCCGCACGCCAGCAGGAGCAUCUCUGCUGGCAGCUUAAAGACCAGCCCCAGCCGCCUGCCCCCCAAGCCUCCUGCUGGGGCUAGUCCCACACCCAUCCUCUUGGCUUCGGAUGGGGGUGCCGGGAGCCCUAAGCCCCCCUCUUCGCCCAAACCCCAGCUGAAGUCCUCCUGCAAAGAGAACCCCUUCAACCGAAAGCCAUCGCCUGCUGCCUCGCCCUCGGCAAAGAAACCUCCCAAGGGCUCCAAGCCAGCGCGUCCUCCUGCACCGGGUCACGGCUUCCCGCUGAUCAAACGCAAGGUGCAGACGGAUCAGUACAUCCCCGAGGAAGACAUCUACGGAGAGAUGGAUGCCAUCGAGCACCAGCUGGACCAGCUGGAGCACCGCGGGGUGGCCUUGGAGGAGAAGCUCCGCAGCGCUGAGAAUGACAGCCCCGAGGACAGCCUGCUGGUGGACUGGUUCAAGCUCAUCCACGAGAAGCACAUGCUGGUGCGCCACGAGUCGGAGCUCAUCUACAUCUUCAAGCAGCAGAACCUGGAGCAGCGGCAGGCGGACGUGGAGUACGAGCUGCGCUGCCUCCUCAACAAGCCAGAGAAGGACUGGACCGAGGAGGACCGGGUGAGGGAGCAGGUGCUGAUGCAGGAGCUGGUGACCAUCAUCGAGCAGAGGAACGCCAUCGUCAACUGCCUGGACGAGGACCGGCAGAGGGAAGAGGAGGAGGAUAAAAUGUUGGAAGCCAUGAUUAAAAGGAAAGAAUUCCACAAGGAGACGGAGGCCGAGGGCAAGAAGAAAGGCAAAUUCAAGCCCAUGAAGGUGCUCAAGCUGCUGGGCAACAAGCACGACUCCAAGAGCAAGUCACCCAAGGAGAAAAGCUAGGGCAGGGCCGACGCGCUGCCUGACCGCCCCGGGGUAGGGGGCCUGCCCGAAUUCCUCCUCCGAAGCCUUGCUAACAAGGUCGGGAGCAAGUGGAGUCGCUUUUCAGAACUGUUUCCCUGUCGCCUGUCCGUGUUCCUGCCUGAGAAGCAAGCCGAGGAGCUUGGUGUUUGUGGGAAAACUUGCACUAACUGCCCCCCCCCCUUCCCCUUGCUCGUCCUGUGACAGCUCCGUUGUGCCUCCAUCCAUCCUCUUGCAGGGGGGGAUCUGGCUGGCCCUCGCUCCCUGCUCUCAUCCCCUUUUCCUGCCCCGUUUUUAACUGCAGGAGAAAAGCCUGGCAUCGGAAGCAGGAUUCUUUAGGUUUUACUGGCCUGAACUAAAAUGUUUUAAAAAAAACUCUCACGUCACAAGGCUCUAGAGCCAAAAAAAAGAAAAAUAACCGGGGCCCUAUUUAUUUCCAGCUGUCCCCUUGAGCAUUACGGGGCUGAGAGGACCCCAGGGGACCGCGUACAGCUGCUCAGAGGCAGCCCUCGUGCCCUACUCAGGACAUCUUACCCCCACUGCUGCUAACCACCGCUGCCUGCUGCCCUCGGGGGGAGGGAGGAACAUUCCUGUCCCAGGCCAGGGCAGAAAAGCACAAGACUGACUCAGUGCAAGGGGCGAGCCCCUGCUCACCAGUGCCACCCUUGAGCGGCUGGGGGGAGAGGCAGAGUCGCAACUGACCUUUCCCCAGCUUCGUCUGUAUAUACUUUAAAAGUGUGUAAAGAGGGUUUGGCUGGUUGGUUUUAUUUUUUUUUUUUACGCCUCCUUUACUACAUGAAUUCCAACCCGCCCCGAAACUCUUCAAACCCUUAUUUUAUUUGUUGUAUGUGUGUGUGUGUGUACAUCAGGGGAGGGAAGGGGCGGGCGGUAUCCUUCCACCCAUCCCUUCUUCCUUCCAGUUUUGUUCUCCUGCCUUCUCCUCCAAGGCGAGGAGCUAUUUAUUGCCUCCUUCGAUCGUUUUGUUCCACGGGUGUUUGGUCGGUCAGCUGUUUUGUCACGCCUUCCCCUUAGCAAAUCAGUCGUGUCAGCCCCCAGCUCCCUUCCAGAAAUACAGCAGGCUUCAGCCCAAACCCUCUCGAAGCAGUGCCUUGCGACACGGCUGGCAGGGGGCGUUCUGGAAACAGCCCCCCAGUUUCUCCCAAACGCUGUGCCGCUCCUGCCACACCUCAGCAGGCUGCUCAGGAGCGGCGGUAGGGGAGAGAUCCCAAAGCACAACUCUUCUCCGGGGAGAAACGCGUCCGUUUUAGAGCCUGCUGUCGCGUCGCCGUUGCCAAAGGCCGUCAGGAUGGCCGCAGCCUGACACCUCCUUGGCCCCGUGCCCGGUCAGAACCUUGGUUUGUAAGUUACACUGUACUAACUCCGUGACUUCCAUUCACCUGAAGAGAAAUAAAAAAGAAAAAAGGAUUUAAAAACCGA